UAUUAUAUUAGCUAAAUGUUUUUACGUAAAUUGUUGAAUGGGCGUGGACAUUUGUGGCUGCAACGCUGCUGUAGCACAAAUGUGUUGAGCUUACGCAAUGAGAAGCUGCAGACCUAUCUGGAGGCACUGCGUCAGGAAUAUUAUGCUUUGAGAGUAACUGCAGCCGGCAAUAACAGUGCCUAUGUGAGAAUGUCGAAGCUUGACGGCGUGGUCAACUGUUUAGAACAGCAUAGAGCGCUGCAGCGCAACAUUACCUCAGAGCAGGACCUGGCUGCGGAGAAGGAUGAGGAUAUGCGUGCUUUAAUGCGAGAGGAAAACAACGUGUAUACAGAUCUGUUGCAGAAGCAGGAGCAGUCAAUGCUGCAAGAACUGCUGACAUUGUCAGAUGAUGAGCACUAUCCCGCCUUAAUCUUUGAGGUCAAUGCUGGUGCAGGUGGACAAGAGGCCAUGCUGUUUGCUCAGGAGCUUUACGAUAUGUACACAAGCUACUUUGACCACAUGGGCUGGGAGUAUGAGCAGUUUUCGUAUGAAACUACAGACAUAGGCGGAUUGCGUCAUGCUAAUCUGUUGGUCAAUGAUGCGGAUGCGUACAACUGGCUGCGCUAUGAAGCGGGCGUGCAUCGCGUACAACGUGUACCAAGUACUGAGAAAUCUGGACGCAUGCACACCAGCACGGCUUCCAUAACAGUCAUACCACGUCCUGCUGAUGUUCAAAUUAACAUUGCCGAAAAGGAUCUAAAGAUUGAAACCAAACGUGCUAGCGGCGCUGGCGGACAGCAUGUCAACACCACGGAUUCGGCGGUGCGUAUUGUGCAUCUGCCCACUGGAUUAGCCGUCGAGGCACAAUCGGAGCGUUCGCAAUUGAAAAAUCGUGAGCUGGCUUUGAGACGCUUGCAGGCCAAGCUAAUGCAGCAGCAGCUUGAAAGCAGCGAGGCCAGCAAACAGGCGACACGCAAGGCACAACAGGGAAAUCUUAACCGUAACGAGAAGAUACGAACGUACAAUUUUGUGCAAGACCGUGUGACGGAUCACCGCAUACAAGGUGGAACAUUGCACAAUCUGAGUGGUUUCUUGGAGGGAGGACAGCAGCUUAGUGGCCUCAUUGAGCGACUACAGGUGGAUCGACGCAAGGCUCACCUAGUGGAGCUGCUUGAAACAUGGCAGCCACCACAGAAGGCAGCUGACAAAAGUUAACUACUAUUGUAACUAAACUAUGAAUACAUGUUAAUUGUUUAU